CUUAUUCUGAAGGCUGCGCCGGAUGUGUUCAAUCUCACGUCGCCGUUAAAAUGGCGGCUCCGUGGAUGUUGUAGUUUGUGUUUGGUGCACAGUGCAGGUUUAAACUUCUCGGCGACAGCGACAUUCAGUCUUCAGAGGUUUAAGAGAAGAAGUGUCCGUGGGAUCAUGGGGGACCGGGAGGAGCGCCGCUUCGCCGAGGUUUCCCGGGACUCUGUCAAGCUCAUGGCUGAGAGCGCCGGCGUGGAGCUCGGGGACGACGUGGCCGCCCUGCUGGCCGAGGACGUGUGCUACCGGCUCCGGGAGGCGACGCAGAGCAGCUCCCAGUUCAUGAGACACGCCAAGAGGAGGAAGCUGACGGUGGAGGACUUCAGCAGAGCUCUGCGCUGGAGCAACGUGGAGGCGAUCUGUGGCUACGGGGCUCAGGAGCCUCUGCCUUUUCGCUCGGUGAAAGAAGGAGAGCUCUUCUUCGUGGAGGAUCGGGACAUCAACCUGGUGGAGUUGGCCCUGGCUACCAACAUCCCCAAAGGCUGUGCAGAGACCAUGGUGCGAGUGAACGUGUCGUAUCUGGACGGGAAAGGAAACCUGGAGCCUCAGGGGACAGUUCCCACCGCGGUCCAGUCUCUGUCCGACGAGCUGCUCAAGUACUACCAGCAGAUCACACGGGCCAUCCUGGGGGAGGACCCCCACCUCAUGAAGGUGGCUCUGCUGGACCUCCAGUCCAACUCUAAGAUCGCUGCCCUGCUUCCUUACUUCGUCUACGUCAUCAGUGGAGUGAAAUCUGUCAGCCACGACCUGGAGCAGCUCAACCGUCUCCUGCACAUGGUGAAGAGCCUGGUCCAGAACCCGUACCUGUACCUGGGCUCGUACGUCCGCAGCCUGGUCUCCAGCGUCAUGUACUGUAUCCUGGAGCCUCUGGCUGCUUCCAUCAACCCCCUCAACGACCACUGGACCCUCAGGGACUACGCCGCCCUGCUGCUCAGCCACAUCUUCUGGACUCACGGUGACCUGGUGAGUGGCCUCUACCACCAGAUCUUGCUUUCCCUCCAGAAAGUCCUGUCCGACCCGGUGAGACCCCUCUGCUCCCACUACGGAGCCGUGGUGGGUCUUCACGCUCUGGGAUGGAAGGCUGUGGAGAGGGUGCUCUUUCCACACCUCCCUGCCUACUGGGCAAACCUCCAGGCCGUACUGGACGACUACUCCGUCUCCAACGCUCAGGUCAAGGCAGAUGGACACAAGGUUUACGGAGCCAUUCUGGUGGCGGUGGAGCGCCUCCUGAAGAUGAAGGCCCUCUCCUUGUCCCAGUCUGCAGAGGGAGGCUCCAGCUCUCAGCCGGGCUCCGCGGUGGGUGGCUACAGGGUGAGCUCCCCCGGCCUCAGCCCCCCCCCGGAGCCCCUGUCCGAGGCCGCCCUGGGGAUAGCCAGCCACCUCCAGGCCGGGGGGGCCGGCUGCCCCUGGGAGGAGUGGACCCCGGUGCCCCUCCCGGCCAUGUACUGCGAGCUCUACUCCUUCUUCGGGGACAGCCUGGCCGUCAGGUUCAGCACGGGGCCCGGGUUCGGCAGCUACCCCCCCUGCGGUUCGACCCAGCUCGGCGAGGCCAGGAAGGACCCCCCCGGCCCCGCCUCCAACCCGGACACCGCCCGGAAGAUGCCCCAGCUCACGGCCAAUCUCAACAUCAGCCCCAGGCAGGAUGGGAGCCCCCGGACAGAUCCGCCCCCGCCGAGCCUGGCGGCCACGGGACCAGGACGGUCUCUGCCUCGCUCCUCCUCUUCCUCCUCCUCCUCCUCCUCCGUGCAGCGCUCCCGAUCCUCCUCGGCCAGGGCGGGGCAGCGGUCGGCCGGCCCCUCCCGCGACGUCUUCCCCAAGUCUCGCUUCACCUCCCCUCAAACGGGGCCCCCGGCGUUCGCCUUCCUCAUCGGCGGGCGGCAGAUGGGGCGCCGCUGCCAAGGCCGACGCCCCUUCCAGACGACCUUCACGCCGACGCCGCCUCUGUCCGCCGUCCCGCCUCGCGCCUACGCCCACAAACUGCCCGUGAUCGGCCGGGUGGGGAAACCCGUACGCCGCUGGACUUGUUCCCACUACUCCCUUUAUCUACCUCUGUGAUGAGCCUCGGACUGUGUCAGCUACGGACUUCUUUAGCCUCAUGUUAACGCUGUCCUGACCAAAACAACCAACGUUAUUUAGCUCUUAAUAUAUAUACACCGAUCAGCCACAACAUUAUGACAAUUCAACGUUCUGCUGGGAAACUUUUAGACCUGGUAUUCAUUGGCGUGGAUGUUGGCGUGGACACCACCCCCGCCCAAUAGCAAUGACACUCCUUGUAACAGGAUGGCAGCCUGACACAAAAAUGGUUUGGGAACAACUCAAAAAAAGCAUGAAGAGCAGCACAAGGCGUUGACCUGACCUCCAAAUUCAUCUGUAGGAUGAUCCCCUCCACCCAUACGACCAAAAGACCCCCCAUGUUUUGGGGGUAGGUUUUGGAGACCUACACAAUCCUAGGAAGGUGGUCAUAAUGUUAUGGCUGAUUGGUGUAUAUUUAACAGGAUUUAAAUAACCAUUGUUCAUCAGUGUUGUGUCACUUGGAACAGAAAUGUGGCUAAAAGGUCAAAAACUGGGUAAGAGGUUGAGCGAUGAAACGAAACUUUUUGUGUUUUCCACAAAUAAAUAUUUUAUAGUUGACUUUUUUUUCACAACAA